AUGGGGAUGGGCGAGAGGGCUAAGAGCUUCCGGGUACAGGCGAGCAUGGAGGUGCACUGUGGGUUUGCGGGGCCCAACACAGGGUUUACGGUGGCCGAGGCGGACCAGCGGUGGCUCAAGCGGUGCCAGGUGGCGGUGGUGACGGCGAUAUUCGGGGGAGGUGACAUCCUGGUGCAGCCGAUUGGGAUGACACAGGAGUCUUUGGAGAAGGUGUGCUACGUGGCGUUUUGGGACGAGGUGACAGCAGCAGCACAGGCAGAGGCAGGAGUGGUGCCAGAUGCAGGCACCAUGAGGGUGGGGCUGUGGCGCAUUGUGAUUGUCAAGGACCUGCCGUUUGUGGACCAGCGCAGAAACGGGAAGAUUCCAAAGAUCUUGUCUCAUCGCCUCUUCCCCCGCGCCCGCUUCUCCAUCUGGGUCGACUCCAAGUACCAGUUCCGCCGCGACCCCCUCGGAGUGCUCGACACGCUGCUGUGGCGGCAGCAGCCGCGGGCAGAGUUUGCGAUAUCGGAGCACGGGGCAAGGAGUUGCAUCUAUGCAGAGGGGGAGGCGAUUGUGAGGAAGCACAAGGCUCAGCCGGAGGAGGUUGCAGUGCAGCUGAACCAGUAUCGCACCGAGGGGCUCCCGGUUAAUGCAACUUACAAUGGGAAGAAAGGUGAGGGAGGCGGAUGA